UUAUCAAGUCCAUGGCACCCUGGAGUCCAAACCUCGUUGUACGGUCACUUGAUCUGUUUUUUUUGUUUAUCAUCAUUCUACUGUUUCUUCUUUGUUCUAGUUCUUGUUUUGCAGCAAGUGGAGAGGCAGUGGCACUUGUGAAAUGGAAGGACAGCCUUGAUAUGAAUCCAACUACUCAUUCUCUUCUCCGUUCUUGGAAUCUCAAUUCUACUAAUUCAACUUCUCAUCAUCUCUAUAAUAAUACCCCCUGUUCUUGGGUUGGGAUCACUUGUAACGACUUUGGAAGUGUCAUCAACAUUACUCUCGAGAGCAGUAAUCUGAAAGGUACGCUUCACAACUUCAACUUCUCCUCCUUUCCUAGCUUACUCACUCUGGACCUUUUUGACAACUCCCUCUAUGGAAGUAUCCCAUCUCACAUUGGCAACCUUUCUACACUCACCUACCUUGCCCUCGAUUCCAAUAAUUUCUCCGGAGACAUCCCAUCCCAGAUAUGCCUUUUAACAAAUUUACGUUUCCUUUGGUUGGAAAGCAAUUAUUUGCAUGGCUUUAUACCACCUCAAGUAGGCAUGUUGGCAUCUCUUGAGUUAUUUUAUGCUCAUAGUAACAGUCUAUCAGGUUCAAUUCCUGUGUCCAUUGGAAACUUGAGCAAGUUAACUGAUUUGGAACUUGGUCUAAACAAAAUAGCUGGGUCCAUCCCCAAUGAGAUCGGACAUCUUAAAUCACUUACCUUCCUUUAUUUAAAUGAUAACCAGCUCAUUGGCUCAAUUCCUCUGUCCAUUGGACAACUAAAAUCUCUUAUUGAGCUUUCACUGCAUGAUAAUUAUCUCACUGGCUAUCUUCCAGAUAAUAUUUGUCUUAGUGGGAAGCUUAGAUGGUUUGCAGCAGGUUUUAACAGCUUUAAAGGUUCCAUUCCAAAAAGCAUAGCAAACUGCAGUUCUUUACUUAGAUUUUCAAUUGAGGGGAAUCAACUAACGGGGAAUAUAUCAGAAGAGUUCAGAAUAUACCCAAGCUUGGAUUAUAUGGACUUGAGCAACAAUAAGUUUUUCGGAGAACUUACUGGAAACUGGGGACAGUGUCCAAACCUCACGAUGUUGAACAUCUCUAACAAUAAAAUUUCUGGUAGGCUACCUCCUGAACUUGGGAAGGCUACUCAAUUGCGGAAACUUGACCUCUCUUCGAACCGUCUUGUAGGUAAAAUUCCUAAGGAAUUGGGACAGCUGAAAUUGUUGUACAUUCUCAAGCUCAACAAUAAUUCCCUUUCUAGCAAUGUUCCUGCAGAAAUUGGAAUAAUGUUGGACCUUGAAACCCUUGACCUUGCAGCCAACCAAUUGAGUGGAUCAAUUCCCAUGCAUUCGGAACACUGUUCAAAACUACUCCAUUUAAACUUAAGGGAUAACAAAUUCAGUGGACAUAUUCCCUUCCAAAUUGGGAAUCUGCACUCCCUCGAAAAUCUUGAUCUAAGUAUGAAUUUGCUUUCAGGAGAGUUGCCUUUGGAGCUUGGUCGUUUGGAUAAGCUAGAAACUUUUAACCUCUCACACAACAAUCUGUCAGGCACAAUACCAUCCACGUUUAAGGAAUUGAUAAGCUUGACAUCCGUUGAUAUAUCCUAUAAUCAGUUUGAUGGUCCUCUUCCCAACAACAAAGCCUUCCUAGAGGCCACACUUGAAGCACUGGAAGAUAAUAAAGGUUUGUGUGGCAACAACACAAAUAUAAAGAUUUGCCCCAUACCUAAAGAGAAUAUAAGUAAAUCUAUAAUAUUUUUAGUCACGAUGUCUAUAUCUUGUGCUCUGAUUCUGUCAUUUGUCGUUGUUGGAGUACUGUUUGUUUGUAAAAACAGAGAGAGGCAUAUGGAUGAGCCAAGACAAACAGAAAUGACAGUAACUUUCUUUGAAGCAUUGGGCCAUAAUGGGAAAAAGGUUCAUGAAGAAAUAGUUAAAGCAACAGAGAACUUCAGCUCCAAAUAUUGCAUUGGAGUUGGAGGAUAUGGAAGUGUCUAUAAAACAAUGCUUUCAACGGCUCAAGUUGUUGCCGUGAAAAAAUUGCAUGAAAAUGAAGGAGCUGCUACUAAGGAAGCUUUCGAAAGUGAGACUAGUGUCUUGACAAGAGCACGCCACAGAAAUAUCAUUAAGCUUUAUGGGUUUUGUUCACAUGCAAGACAAUCAUAUUUGGUGUAUGAGUUCAUGGAAGGAGGGAGCUUAGAGAAGAUAUUAAGCAAUGAAGUUAGGGCAGCAGAGUUCGCGUGGACCAAGAGAAUAAAUGUGGUGAAAGGUUUAGCCAAUGCCAUAUUAUACAUGCAUCAUGAAUGUUGUCCUGCGAUAAUUCAUAGAGACAUAUCAACUAAGAAUGUUUUGUUGGAUGAUGAAUACGAAGCUCACAUUUCUGACUUUGGUGCUGCUACGACUUUGGAUCCUGAGUCAUUGAGUUGGACUCCAUUUGCAGGAACCUUUGGCUACUCUGCCCCAGAGCUUGCUUAUACAAUGGAAGUAAAUGAGAAGAUCGACGUGUACAGCUUCGGAGUUGUAACAUUAGAAGUGAUCAUGGGAAAGCAUCCAGGAGACCUCAUAUCAUCUCUGUUAUUAUCACCACUACUGGCUGUUGACGCUCUGAUUAAGGAUGUACUGGAUCAACGUCUCUCACCUCCAAGGGGGCGAAUAGCACACCAAGUGAUCUCCAUUGCAGAGAUAGCAUUUGCGUGCCUGCAACAAAGUCCACAGUUCCGUCCAACUAUGAAGCAAGUAUCUAGAAAGCUGUCAACUCCAUUAGAAUCAUUAUCAGAGCCAUUUCAUAUGAUUACAAUAAAGCAGCUGUUUGAUUCCCCAACAUGGACAUCCUAAACUGCUGGGAUUUCUCCUUGUUUGAUAUUGUCAAAUUUUGUUCAUUUUCUUUCUCAGAUUAGUCCUAGGAUUGUGUUUCUUUUCUUGUGUAAUAAGAUAGCCCGAGCUUGGAUACACCAGGACUUUGUUAUGUCUUGUACUUAAAUAAGGAAACUGAUUUUUUUGUCUCUAAUGGAUAAAACUGAAACAUG